AUGAGUAGGCUACGUAGCUUUCAGCACAACGUGAUAUAAGACCUGAUACUCCACCUACGCUCCAGUUGCUGAUUGGCGUUACGCAGGUAUCCAGCUAUUAUUUAUUACCCCCAAAGCGUGGACGCCUCAUUUUUCCUGACCGGAUCUCACUGCAUGAUAUAUCUGUUCCAGCGCACGCAGCUGAUUUUUUCAUUAUCUGCUCGACAGAAAACAGGUGGUGCUGAGAAAAUGGGGAGAGGUUUGCUGCUGGUGACUCUGUUCCUCAUCAUGAAACUUCAAUACAGCCAGUCCAGAUGCGAAGAGCCCGGAUCGCGCAGAUCAACUUCAGAUCAGACCCUAGGUGUGGAUAACCCCAAGCGGAACAUUCUGAAGAGGUACAACGAUUUGGAUUAUGACAGCUUUGUGGGUCUGAUGGGCAGAAGAAAUGCUGAUACAAACGCUGUACAAGCACCACAAAAAAGGGAAAUGCAAGAUAUUUUUGUUGGUCUCAUGGGAAGGAGAAACUCAGAGCCUGAUAAUGGUCCCUGGAGGAGAGAGUACCCAGAGAGGAGAGGCAUUUUUCUCAACAAGUGCAGGCUGAGGUUUCUUCAGGGGCUGUAGACAUUCAUACUGAAGCUAUGUUCAUCUGGCUACAAUGAAAAAAGAUCACAGAGAACACAAACAAUGAACUACAUGCCUGAUGGAAACAACUGAACAGAUUCGAUUCACACUGUAAACCUGCCAGCUGGCUAAUGAAAGUGACCAUAAACUACAC